AAAACCCCAUAAAUCACAAUCCAUUUGAAAAUAAACUAUUUCUAAAAAAGUUUGGUGAGUGGAAGCCUGUCGUAUAAACGUGGAGACUCUUUACCUACUCCGUGACUCCUCGUCUCUUCAUCUUGUUUCUUCUCCUUCUCCUGCUUGUCUUUUACAGUUUCUUCUCUGGAUUCCCCCGCAAAAGAUUCCAAGAAGAGAAGAAGAAAGAAAGAUUCACACAUUCUCGUGAAAGAAAAGAGUAAUAACAGUUGAAAGAAAGGUUUGUUGGUAUGGGUUGCUCGCUGUCGAAGGAGAAGAAAAUUGCAAUACGACCGCCGGGAUAUGAGGAUCCUGACCUUCUUUCCUCCGUUACGCCUUUUACAUCACCAGAAGUGGUUGUUUUGUAUGAACUGUUCAAAAAGCUAAGCAGCUCAAUCAUCGACGAUGGUCUUAUUCAUAAGGAAGAGUUUCAGCUGGCGUUGUUCAGAAAUAGGAACCGGAAGAAUCUUUUCGCUGAUCGUAUAUUUGAUGUAUUUGAUGUAAAGCGAAAUGGAGUGAUCGAGUUUGGGGAAUUUGUCCGGUCUUUAGGCGUCUUCCAUCCAAAUGCACCUGUCGAUGCAAAAAUCAAAUUUGCUUUCAAAUUGUACGAUUUAAGACAAACUGGAUUCAUCGAGCGAGAAGAAUUGAAAGAGAUGGUAACAGCGCUUCUUCACGAAUCUGAACUUGUUCUCUCUGAAGAUAUGAUUGAAGUAAUGGUGGAUAAGGCAUUUAUUGAAACAGAUCGCAACAAUGACGGGAAAAUUGAUAUAGAUGAAUGGAAAGAUCUUGUGUCCAUGAAUCCAUCGCUCAUGAAGAACAUGACUUUGCCGUAUCUAAAGUGA